AUGGCCUCUUCAGCCGGUACUUCGACAUCGGCAGUCAUUUCAACUUUGGUUGCAAACUUGAUUUUGUUCGGAUGUUUCGUAGUGAGCUUUUUAAUUCUCAGAUUGAAGUUCAGUAGAAUAUACUCGCCAAAGUCAUCGUUUGAUUUAGUCCCCGAGGAAAAGAAACCGGAACCAUUGCCCAAAGAUCCUUUCCGUUGGGUGUUCAUUUUACUUACAAAACCUCAUUCAUUUAUUAUACAGCAAGCGGGACUCGAUGGUUACUUCUUUCUUAGAUACCUCUUAGUAUUAGCGUUCACAUUUUUAUUUGGAAUAUGCAUCUAUGUCGUUUUACUCCCAAUUAAUAUUGUCAAUGGUAAAGGAAAAACAGGAUUCGACUUGUUAUCGAUCUCUAAUAUUGAUAACAGCAAACGUUACUAUGCUCAUAGUUUCAUGGGAUGGGUCUUUUAUGGUGGUUUCACAUAUAAUAUCUAUAGAGAGUUGUUUUUCUUCAACAGCUUAAGAGCUGCUGCACUCUCCUCACCUCGAUAUGCUAAAAAGCUCUCAUCUAGAACUGUAUUAUUCCAGUGUGUUCCAGAUGAAUUGUUAGACGAAAAGCAGUUCUUCAAGUUGUUCAAUGGGGUUAAGAGAGUUUACGUCAAUAGAACUAAUAGAAUUUUGGAUGCCAAGGUUCGUGCAAGAGAAGGAUAUGCGAUGAGAUUGGAAAAGGCAGAGAACAAGCUCUUGAGACUAGCAACAAAAUCGAAAAUGAAGAGUGAAAAGAUAAAUAAAAAGGGAAAGGGUGACAUUAUUGAAGGUAAUAAUAUCGAUGAUUAUGUCCCAGAAAAGAAAAGACCAAAGGUGAAAGAGGGUGGCUUUUUCUCUAGGACUAAAAUUGAUACCGUAGACUAUUGCUUAACUAAGAUUAAGGAAUUGGAUAAAGAAGUGAAAAGAUUGCAGAAAAGAAAUAAGGCUGUUGCAAAACCUAAGAAUGCAAUUUUCGUUGAAUUUGAAGAUCAAUACACUGCUCAAUUGGCAUACCAGUCUGUUACUCACCACAACCCAUUUAGAAUGCAAGCCACUGCUCCCGGAUUGGAGCCUGCUGACAUUGUUUGGUCCAACUUAAGAAUCUUCUGGUGGGAAAAGGUUAUCAGAAGAUUUUUUGCCUUUGCUGCUGUGAUUGCAAUUAUCUUGCUUUGGGCCGUCCCUGUUGCAUUUAUAGGUGUUAUUUCCAACGUCACUUACCUUAUUUCCAAAUUGCCUUGGUUGGGUUUUAUUAACAAUAUGCCUAGCUUUUUAAAGGGUAUUAUAACCGGUUUAUUACCAACAGUCAUGUUAACUAUAUUCAAUUCCAUGUUGCCUAUUUUCAUUAGGGCUAUGGGAAGAUUAGCUGGUGCUCCUUCCGCUCAAGCUAUUGAAGAAUUCACCCAAAAGGCAUACUUCGGAUAUUUAAUUGUUAAUGCAUUUUUGAUAACGAUGAUCUCGUCUUCUGCUACCUCGACCGUGGUUGAAAUUAUCAAUAAACCCUCCGAAGCUAUGUCCAUUUUAGCUACACAAUUGCCCACUUCUUCCAACUUCUAUAUAUCAUACCUUUCCUUACAAGGAUUGACUAUCUCAGGUGGGUCGUUAUUUCAAGUCGUUACUUUAUUCUUAUACUACAUUUUAGGUUACAUUUUGGAUGGUACAGUUAGAAAAAAGUGGGCUAGAUUCAGUGGCUUGGGUACCAUGGCUUGGGGUACAACUUUCCCAGUUUAUACGAACUUGGCCUGUAUUACAUUAGCAUUCGCAAUCAUUUCGCCAAUUAUAUUAGUUUUCGCUAGUGGUGCAUUUCUUCUAUGUUAUGUUGCAAUAUGUCAUAAUAUCACAUAUUGUUUCGUAGAAGCUCCAGAUUCAAGAGGUUCGUAUUACCCUAGAGCUUUAUUCCAAAGUUUUACUGGUAUGUAUAUUGGUCAAAUUUGUAUGUUAGGUAUCUUCAUUGUUGGUAAAGGAUGGGGUCCAAUUGUAAUACAAGCGAUUGGAUUAGGAGCCACUAUAUUCUGUCAUUUGCAUAUGAAGGAGGCCUUUUCGCAUUUAGUACAGGUUGUUCCAAUUGAUUGUAUGAGACCAUUAGAUGGAGUUUCCUCAACUAGCUCAUUUUCAGGCCAAACAGAAUACAAAAGGAAGGUAUUGGAAAGAAAGCUGAGAGACUAUAAGAGAGAAAAGAAAUUGGAUAAGGAACUCGAAGAGGACCAUGUCGAGCAAGAAAGGGUCAUGCAAACUAUUGAUCUUGAAUUGAACGAAGAAGAUCAAGAUCACAGCAGCAAUACAUUUGUUCCGUUGUUAGCAGACCGUGAUCAUAAGUCCACCGAGUCUAAGAAUCCUAUAGUUAGAUUUAUCAGACCAGACGUAUACUUGAAUUUCAGACAUGUCAAGAAAUUAUUGCCUGCUACUUACUACGUUGAACCAGAGGAAGAAGACAAUAAGCAUGCUUAUGAUGCACCAAAUGUAUCUGCCAAGAUGCCAAAAUUGUGGAUUCCAAGGGACUCCAUGGGACUUUCUACAAUUGAGAUAGAGAAGAUAUCCAAGGUCAUAGAAAUUAGUGAUGAAAAUGCUGGAUUCAACAAGAAGGGUAGCAUUGUAUACUUGGGCCCACCUAAAUAG